AAAAUCUGAUCAUUAAUAGAUCUGGUCAACGUAUAUGAGCUGUAUAAACUUAAAAAAGCGUUAGAAGACAGUUAAAAAAUGUAAACAAACAAAACGGAAAGCACGGUUGUACGCGUGCGCAAUGUGACAGGAAGCUGGAAUGCGAUAACUGCAUGAGGCCGAUUUUGACAAAAAAAUCCCAAAACUCUACUAAAAUAAGGAAUAACAUGUCAUUAAACAACGUGAAUAAUGAUUUUUAAAGUUUGGGCCUUCAAUCUUCAAACAUUUCACUGAUAUUGCAACAUGGACUUCAUCAUAAUUUUACCGUUUCACACUUGAAUUGUCGUCGUCCCGCCAACAUCAGCAGCAGAAGCAGUUGACGCUCUGAGUUAAUUAUGUCGCAAGAAGAAUAUACGUCUCUGAGUAGAGCUCAGCUUAGCUUUGACUAUCUACAUACUAAUUCAACUACACAUGAGUUUUUAUUUGGUGCCCUUGCUGAAUUGGUUGACAAUAGCAGAGAUGCCAAUGCCACAACAAUCAACAUUUUCACAGUCCCAGAUGAAUCUCUCAGGGGAGGUUACCUAUUGUGUUUCCUUGACGAUGGAAGUGGAAUGGAUCCAAAUGAAACAGCUGAUAUCAUCACAUUUGGAAGGUCAACAAAAAGAGAUGAAGAAAACUCACACAUUGGCAUGUACGGAAAUGGUCUCAAAUCAGGUUCAAUGAGGAUUGGUAAUGACUUGAUGGUAUUUACAAAGAAAGACAAGGCAAUGUCAUGUUUGUUUUUGUCACGUACAUUUCAUGAGGAGGAGGGCAUUGAUGAGGUGAUUGUUCCUCUGCCAUCAUUUGAAGUUAACAGUAGAAAACCUGUGAGCAAAGGCAAAAAGCAAGAAAUUGAAAUGGAACUAAUCUAUAAAUAUUCACCAUUCCACAAUGAGGCUGAAUUCUUUGAACAGUUUGAUAAAAUUGAAAGUGAAUCAGGGACUCUUGUAAUUAUCUACAAUAUGAAGCUAUUAGACAAUGGCUUACCAGAAUUGGACGUACUAAGUGAUCCGUGGGACAUUAUAUCGGCACAUCCUUCCGCAGAAGAGGAUUCUGACGAAGGGUCGUGGUCAAGGUUUCGUACAGAAAGGUUGAUGCCAGAAAGGAAAUCAUUCAGAGCCUACACAGCUAUAGUGUAUGAAAACCCAAGUAUGAAAAUUUAUAUUCAGGGGAAAAAAGUACGGACAAAGCGAUUAGCAUGCUGCUUAUAUAAACCCAAAAUGUACAAAUAUUCUUCAAAUCGAUUCAAGACGCGAGCCGAGAUGGAUGUUUCCAAAUCAAAAGAAGACGCUAAAAAUGCUGAACAUCGAGCAAAAGAAGCAGAAAGUAAAGCUAAACACAUAGAAUCAAAACAAGGAGGAUCAUUAAAAGAACACAGGGCUGAGCUGCGGAGAGCACAACAGCAUGCUGCAGAGUUACGGAGAGAUGCCAAGUUAAAAAAAGAGUUGGCAGACAGGAAAGAAAGGUCGUUAAAAGAACCCAAAACACUGAAUUUUAUAUUUGGUGUCAAUCUAGAUAAUCGUAGUCAUGAUGGAGUAUUUGUAUAUAACUGUAGUCGUCUUAUAAAGAUGUACGAAAAAGUAGGACCACAAACAGAUGGUGGUGUUUUUUGCAGUGGUAUAGUAGGAAUAGUAGAUAUACCAUACUUAGUAUUAGAACCCACACACAACAAACAAGAUUUCGCUGAUGCUCGGGAAUAUCGACAUAUGAUGAAAGCUAUGGGGGAACACAUGGAACAGUAUUGGAAAGACAUUGGAAUAGGUAACCAAGGUGUCACAACAUUUUGGGAAAACUUUGGCUAUGUUAGUCAUUCAUGGAAGGACCCACCAUCAGUGGAUAUCAAAUUCCAGAGAAAACGUGCCAUGCAGGUUAACACAACCUUACAAUGUGAUAAUUGUUUGAAAUGGAGAAUAAUCCCAUUCUCCUCUAAUAAUAUAAGUAAAGACUUUAGUGAUGAUUGGAUCUGUGACAUGAAUGCAGAUGUUCAGCAUAACAAAUGUAAUCAAGCUGAACAGAAGUUGAAUAUACCAGAAGGUCAAUUAAAAAAGUUGGUUAGAUCUCAGGAACAGAAACAGAAGGACAUAGAAGAGGAUAUACGGAGGAAAACAGAACAGUUAGAGAAAAUGCAGAAAAAACAGUCAUCAUCUCGACAAGCCGAGGAAAAGGAAAGAAAACGAAAGGAAGAUGACGAUAGAAAGAAACAAGAAGAACUUGAAAGGCGGAGAAAAGAAAAAGAAGAAGCCGAAAGAAAAAAGGAACAGGCUAAAAAAAUGAGAGAAGAUGCAGACAAAAAACGAAAAGAAGAUGCUGAAAGACGGCGGAAAGAAGAGUUGGACAGAAAAAAGAAAUUAGAUGCAGAAAGAAAGAGAAAAGAAGAACAGGAAAGAAAGAAGAAAGAGGAAGCAGAUAGAAAAAAGAAAGAGGUGUCAGAAAGAAAAAAGAAUGAAGAGGUUGAAAGGAAAAGAGAAGAAGCUGCUGAAAAGAAAAGGUUGGAUGCAGAAAAGAAAGCUGAGGCAGAAAGAAAAAAAGAAAUAGAAAGGAAGAAACAAGAGGCAGAGAAGAAAAGAGAACAGAAAAGAUUGAGUGCAAGUAAAAGAGCUGCUUCCCCUAUACUACAAUCGUCAAGGAUCACACCGACAUCAUCGGCGAAGAAGGCUAAGAUAUCUUCACCUGUUGAUUCAGAUAGCGAUGGAUACGUUCCUACAAAGAAGAUGAAAUCUGAUGUAGAUUCAACGCCCUCUAGACGAGGGAGAAAAGCUAUUAAUAGAAAUAUUGUGGAAUCGUCGUGUGAUGAUUCUGAUGCAGUAGUCGACACAAGGUCGGAGGAUGAUGACAUGGGAAUUGUAUCUACAAAUGACACUGACAAUGAAGGGGAAGUUGGUACAAAGAUUGAAGCAAGAAUUAAUGAUAAAUGGUAUUCUGGAAUGGUAACCAAAAUAAAUAACAAAGAUUGUAAAUGGAAGAUAAAGUUUGACCACAAUUCAAAAGACAAAUAUGAUAAAUGGUAUGAAAAGUCCAGUAAAGAUUUAAGAUUAAAGAGUGGUCAGCCAAUACCAGAAUCUCCAGUUCAAGGUCCCCCCUCACCCGUCUCUGUGUCCUCGGCUACCGAGGCUCCAUCAUCAUCAACCACAUCACAGUUACCAUCUAGUCAAAUCACAGAUGAAAUUGCUAAUGGUUACAGAACAUGUUUACGAUACUUCCUGCCACCAAACUGGAUCAUGGAUAAAGAUGCCAUAUCUACGAUGGCUUUACCAGAAUUAGCUGCCUUCCCAUUAGAUGAUUUCUUUGACCAUUAUGAAAAAGGAUUGAGGAAGUUAGUUGGUAACUUCCAGACAGAAGCCUCUCAAAGAAAACAAGAAAGUGACCAGGCUGUCACAAAAUUAUCGUCAGUACGGAAACUUAUUGCCAAACUUCUCAAGUCAAUAAACGAGGAUUUUGAUAUUGAUCCUGAUGCUGAUGGAGACCAAGUAGAUGAACUUUUAGCAGCAUGUGUCAAACAAGCUGUCCAAUCACAACCUUGAUAACAAAUAGAAUCAUAGGGAAUUAACCAAUCAGAAAUAGUGACUCUGAAACAUGUAACCAAUGAAACUGAAGAGUUUGAAAUAACUGGUCAUAAAGAAUCUAAUAUCAUAUGAAAGUUCUUAGGAGAAUUGUUAUUUUAUUUGAGGAGAGACAUUUUACCAGUGAACUUGAAACAUUUGUUUUCUUCUCUAAAUUGAAUUGUUUACCUGUGUGAAAUUAAGUUUUUACAGGAAAGAAUCUUUUCCAGACUAAAAGCUUAAAAUAUGCUUCCAUAUUUAAAUAAACCCUUAUCUUGUUGUGACACAAAUAUGACAUGAUAUGAUGUAAUGUUCUUCAGCACCUGUGUAGAAAAAGUCCAUUUUACUUUAUUAAUAAAUUAUACAAAUACAAAUUUCUACAACAUGCUUUAUAAUUUGGAGACAACCAAGUUCUUAAGUCUUAUGUGCCCCAGUCCCAUUUUGAUCAAAAAAGGGGAAGGUCAUUGGUGUUCUCUGGGCACUCCGGCUUUCUCCACCAAUAUAAACUGAUCACCACGAAAUAUCCCAAAAGUGGUUUUAAAACACCAACAAUCAUUCCAUCUUGUGCAAAAAGGGGAUAUUUUUCAUGUGUUGUACACUGUAUUAUGAAAAUGGUUAAACUUGAAAGAAUUGUUGAAAAUCGGGAGAAGGGUUUAAACAAUCGAGUCUAAGGAUUUCAUACAAAGGCAUUGUGUAAAUGUAAACCUACAUUAUUUCACUUAAUAAUGCGAUUUAUUAGUUAAUAUGAACAUUUUAUUGAGGAAAUAUAUUUUUUUUAUCCCUUGUUAUGUAUAUCCCAAAUCUAUAUUACAUUUAUUUGUCAUAUUUUAAUAAAAUUAAUCUGGAUUUGUUUUACUAAAAAUGCCAUUUUCAUUUUAUCUGAAUUUGUCUGAACCUAAAAUUCUGUAAAAAGAAGGAAGAAAAUGAUGAAAGAAAUUGUCAAAAUGUUGCAUGCCAUUAGAACCAGAUAUAGAGUCAGAACUUUUGCAUAGAUUCCUAUCGCUUGUAUAGGAACCAGCGAAAAAUGUGUAAAUACAUGUAUGUCCUUAUAAGGCCAUACAGGAGUUUAUCACCGUCCCCCCAUAUCACUUACAUUGUGUCAAUCAUUCCCUUUGUUUAUGAUUAAAUAGCAUUUGCCUGCCGUUUAUCCUAAACAUGUAUGAAAUAUUUGCCACUGGACAUUCAACAAACAAAAAUCCAUCAAUUUUAUUUUAAGUUACUCUGAUGACAUAUUGAAACAGAUGUAUAGUAAAAUUCUUUUGAAGUAAUGUGUUAUUCAGCAAGAAUGGCAGACAUUUUGUAUAUCUGGUUAUUUUUGCGUCAAGUUUUAUUCACUGUGUGUGCCUUUGAAGGGGCUUUGUAAAUCAUUUCUUUUCACAUUUCACAACCUUGUACAAUGUAAAGGAGUGAGAUGUUUCCAUAAAGUUAAUUUUGAAUUUAAAUGCCUACAUCGAAACAUAGCAAAACUUUGAGGCAUAAAAUGUCUUGAUAUACAGUCUGCCUGCAGGCCUUUAGAGUUCUUGCAAAAAAUUGCCAACCUAAUACUUUUUCCCCUGAAAAAAACACAUUGUUUGUCCAAAUAUCAUCUGGUCGCAUCAAAUUGGUACUGUUAAUGGUGGUUUUAAAAACCCAAUGUUCCCAUCAAGGAUAAAAAAAUAUAAGAUUAUUGAAAUUUACUGUUUUCACAAGGCAGUCAUGGUUUGUAUUUGAUAGAAAAGGGAAUGAAGGCAAUGGUCAUAGUAUUAAGUUUGUCAUUUGCAUAUUGUAAAUUCAUUAUUAUCAUGAAUAUUCAUGUAGAGUUAACAUGUUGUGUUAUUAUUUUUUAACAGUAGAACAUUUAACAUUGAUGUAAAAAAUAUCAUUUAUCAUUAUUAAUUAUGUAAUUCUAUUUUUUGUCUGUGAGAGAAAAAAAAAAAUAGAAACGUGGAAGUAAAUGCUCCAUGCUGUUUUCUGUAAAUCUGACAUGUUCUGAUGAGAGUUUAUACUAGGCUGUUUUCUGUAAAACAACAUCUGUUAUGAUACCAUAUAACUUAGUGCUAAUAAAAUUUUGCACCUUGUACAAAUGUAUGUGAAAGGUUUUUUACACAUCGUAUAAGACAAAUAGAUAAAUCAACCCCAUACAAAAUUAUAUACCUCUAUUUAUACUGAGGGGGGAUAGGACCUUUCUCGGGACUCCAGGAUCGGCUGUUUUUAAGCUGGGGAUUUUGGGAUUGACCCUUUUGGGAUCUGGGAAUCUUUUUUUUUCGGAUUUUGGGACGUCAGGAUUUACUGUAUUUAACUUCGGGAUCUCGGGAUUUCGGGAUCAGGACCCUCCUAUCCCCCCUCUAUACUGUUUCAGUAAGGACAUUCUUAUGAUGUUAGGCUUAGUAUUUAACAAAGAACACUUUUAAAAAAAACGAAAUUGCUUAUAUUACAUAAUCUAAAUGUCAUAUCCUACAAUUAUUAUUAGAUGUAGUUUUGCUUGUCUGGGAAAUAAUGAGGAUUAGUUCAUUUCAAUACCAUAUCAUGUUAGAGGAAAAAGGAUGUCAAGUUCCUAAGGUCAGAAGUGAAUGCACCACGGUUUUUGGCAUUCAACAAGUGAGCGAUCUAAUUUGCAUGGUCAUUAUUUUAAUAUUUUGCUAACCUGCCUUGACCAACUUAUGUGGGAUUUUAUUGAGCCUUGUUUUGGACUAUAAAAUGAGAAAUGCUUACAGGUAUCAUCUUUUUAAUGUCAAAUGAAAAAAAAAAACAUGUCUUCCUAUUAUAGGGUGUAUACAUUGUAAUCUAACAACAGCUGAUUGAAUAAUUGUAUAUAUAAGAAAGUACAGUACUGCUUGUAAUACAUUAAUUUCAAUGUUAAUUGGGAAGAGCUGACAUUUUUAUUAUGUUUUAAUUAAAAUUGUUUGAGGUACAAUUUAGCUCCCACCUUUGUAUAUAUUGAAAAGUUUUAUGCCACGAUUGCUAUAUGUUUUAGCAAUGACCAAACAUUGUAAUCUUUUAUGUACCAAAAUUUCUUUUACUUGUACCUAACACAUCUUGAAAUGGUUUGUCCAGCUUUUAAAAUUCUCUUUGCAAUGCUUGAUUAUAUGGUUUUUACUGGCUUUGAAAAAAGUCGGGUUUUUCGGUCAUAAAAUUUAGACAGUAUUGAAAAUAACAUUGGCUAUGUUGUUAUAAGACUUGCAUUUAUUUAUCCUUUGGAUAUUCCGCACAAUAAGAUUUUCUUUAUUCUUGAAAAUCAACUAUAUAGAUAUCUCAAUGAAGCCAUAUACACACAUAUAAACUUUCAACAUGGAUUGUAUUGACAUAUUCAAUUACUAAUAUUGGUAUAAAUGUAUUUUUAGACUAUAUACUGAAGGUGAAGUUGAAAUCUUAUAAAAAUUCUUUUAUUUUUGUAAGUACAAAAUGUCAGAAUUUUUGUUGAGUCAGGAAUUUAGUUUUUCAUGGAUACUUGACUCCAUUAUCUGCAGACAAACCUUAAGAUAUAUAUUUUGGUGUAACCCCAUAUCCACACAAUCCUCAAACACAAAAAAAUACCCCACAAGUUACAAUGAAUCCACAGUCAUAUUUCAACUAGUUUGUCAUGAAAUCUUUCAUCAAGUAAUAUAAAUAGAAGAGGUGACAUGUUUCCAUGGUAACAUUUUUCAAACAUUGCUAUGUAUUUUAUGUACCGAUAAUGAAAUUAGACAUCAAGAGAUGUUUGACAGAUUUUAAUGGGUUGUAGAUUAUAGGGUCAGUUUCAUCAGAUUGCAUUCAUCUUUGUCAUUUCAUUGUCAAUAAAUAAAAAUUGAUAAUAACA